CUACAAUAAUCUCAACAAAACCUAGGAUUUCUCGUUUACCCAUUUCAAAGAAUCGUCCUUUUUUCUAUUUCUGACUUUGAGCUAUGAUGAUGGUCCAUUCCAUGAACAGAGAGUCGCCGGAUAAAGGGUUGGAUUCCGGCAAGUAUGUGAGGUACACGCCGGAGCAAGUGGAAGCUCUCGAGAGAGUUUACACUGAGUGUCCUAAGCCCAGCUCUUUGAGAAGACAACAACUCAUACGUGAAUGUCCGAUUCUCUCCAACAUCGAGCCUAAGCAGAUCAAAGUUUGGUUCCAGAACCGCAGAUGUCGAGAGAAGCAGAGGAAAGAAGCUGCUCGCCUUCAAACAGUGAACAGAAAGCUCAAUGCCAUGAACAAACUCUUGAUGGAAGAGAAUGAUCGUUUGCAGAAGCAAGUUUCUCACUUGGUCUAUGAGAAUGGCCACAUGAAACAGCAACUUCACACUUCUUCUGGGACGACCACAGACAACAGCUGUGAGUCUGUGGUCGUGAGUGGUCAGCAACAUCAACAGCAAAACCCAAAUCCUCAGCAUCUGCAACGUGAUGCUAACAACCCAGCUGGACUCCUUUCAAUAGCAGAGGAGGCCCUAGCAGAGUUCCUUUCCAAGGCUACAGGAACUGCUGUUGACUGGGUUCAGAUGAUUGGGAUGAAGCCUGGUCCGGAUUCUAUUGGCAUCGUCGCUAUUUCGCGCAACUGCAGCGGAAUUGCAGCACGUGCCUGCGGCCUCGUGAGUUUAGAACCCAUGAAGGUUGCUGAAAUCCUCAAAGAUCGUCCAUCUUGGCUCCGUGAUUGUCGAUGUGUGGACACUCUGAGUGUGAUACCUGCUGGAAAUGGUGGGACUAUUGAGCUUAUUUACACGCAGAUGUAUGCUCCAACGACUCUAGCAGCAGCUCGUGACUUUUGGACGCUAAGAUAUAGUACAUGUUUGGAAGAUGGAAGCUAUGUGGUUUGUGAGAGGUCACUUACUUCUGCAACUGGUGGCCCCACUGGGCCACCUUCUUCAAGCUUUGUGAGAGCUGAAAUGCGACCAAGCGGGUUUCUUAUCCGUCCUUGCGAGGGUGGUGGUUCCAUUCUCCACAUUGUUGAUCAUGUUGAUCUGGAUGCCUGGAGUGUCCCUGAAGUCAUGAGGCCUCUCUAUGAAUCAUCGAAGAUUCUUGCUCAGAAAAUGACUGUUGCUGCUCUGAGACAUGUAAGACAAAUUGCACAAGAAACAAGUGGAGAAGUUCAGUAUGGUGGAGGGCGCCAACCUGCGGUUUUAAGAACCUUCAGUCAAAGACUCUGUCGGGGUUUCAAUGAUGCUGUUAAUGGUUUUGUGGAUGAUGGAUGGUCACCAAUGGGUAGCGAUGGUGCAGAGGAUAUUACUGUUAUGAUAAACUUGUCCCCGGGGAAGUUUGGUGGGUCUCAGUACGGUAAUUCAUUCCUUCCGAGCUUUGGUAGUGGCGUGCUUUGUGCCAAGGCAUCUAUGUUGCUUCAGAACGUUCCACCCGCUGUGCUGGUGCGAUUCCUUAGAGAACACCGCUCUGAAUGGGCUGAUUACGGUGUGGAUGCUUAUGCUGCUGCAUCGCUCAGAGCAAGUCCUUUUGCUGUUCCUUGCGCUAGAGCUGGUGGUUUCCCGAGUAACCAAGUCAUUCUUCCCCUUGCGCAGACAGUUGAACAUGAAGAGUCUCUUGAGGUGGUUAGACUUGAAGGUCACGCUUACUCACCCGAAGACAUGGGUUUAGCUCGGGAUAUGUAUCUGCUACAGCUUUGUAGCGGUGUUGAUGAAAAUGUGGUUGGAGGUUGUGCACAGCUUGUCUUUGCGCCUAUCGAUGAAUCAUUUGCUGAUGAUGCACCUUUGCUUCCUUCUGGUUUCCGCAUCAUACCUCUCGAACAGAAAUCAACUCCGAACGGUGCAUCUGCAAACCGUACCCUGGAUUUAGCCUCAGCUUUAGAAGGAUCCACACGUCAGGCAGGUGAAGCCGACCCAAAUGGCUGUAACUUUAGGUCGGUACUAACCAUAGCAUUCCAGUUCACAUUUGAUAACCAUUCAAGAGACAGUGUUGCUUCAAUGGCACGUCAGUAUGUUAGAAGCAUUGUAGGAUCGAUUCAGAGGGUUGCUCUAGCCAUUGCUCCUCGUCCUGGCUCCAAUAUCAGUCCAAUCUCUGUUCCCACUUCCCCUGAAGCUCUCACUCUGGUCCGUUGGAUCUCCCGGAGUUACAGCCUUCACACUGGUGCAGAUCUCUUUGGAUCUGAUUGUCAAACCAGUGGUGACACAUUGCUGCAUCAACUCUGGAAUCACACUGAUGCAAUCUUGUGCUGCUCCCUCAAAACAAACGCUUCACCGGUUUUCACAUUCGCAAACCAAACCGGUUUAGACAUGCUGGAAACAACUCUUGUAGCCCUUCAAGACAUAAUGCUAGACAAGACCCUUGACGAACCUGGUCGUAAAGCUCUUUGCUCUGAGUUCCCCAAGAUCAUGCAACAGGGCUAUGCUCAUCUUCCUGCGGGAGUAUGUGCGUCAAGCAUGGGGAGGAUGGUGUCUUACGAGCAGGCAACGGUGUGGAAAGUUCUUGAAGAUGAUGAAUCAAACCACUGCUUAGCUUUCAUGUUCGUGAAUUGGUCGUUCGUUUGAAGAAUAAGAAGAAGACCAUAUCACUCCAUUUUUCCCUUGGGAGGGAGGUUAUUUAUGUAAGAUAUUAAAGUUAGGUUGCCACU